AUGAACCGCCAGGGCCGGCAACAGCGGCAAAGUGCCAGCCCCACUCCAAUCCUGUUGGAACCACCCUUGGACUUGAAGUCUGCUCAUUCUGGAGAUGCUUGGCCGCAACAUGAGGCGCCGCAAAAUUCUCAUGGGAGAAGGGCGGCGAGUCCGUGCAAGGAGAAUGUGUGGGUGCCGGCGGGGCGAGCGGGAGCAGGGGUGCAGGUGCAAAAGGAAGAUGCUGAGAACCAGGAAAACAGCAAGUUUCUCAAGCACAUUGACGGACGAGGUUCGCCAAAGUCACUGCGAGAGCUGGUGGGGAACAGCACCCCAGCUCUGCAGAUACACAUCACUUCCCCUGGCAAAGCACGCGAGGCGCAACCGGCGAUCGGGCCAGCCGGGCAGUCAAAGGAUGGCGGAGCGGAACGGUUGGAGGAAAGUGGGGCUAUGCUCCCAGUGUUUGCCGAGUUUCGGCUCCCCUCUGCGCGUCGGGGGGGCACUCCUGAAAUGGGAGCGGUGAGGGGUUCUGCGUCGCUCGCUAGACCGCUCAGCAGUGGCCGAAUUAUCUUCGGGGGAAGUCGUCCAGUUAGUAGGCAGGAUGGUCUCCGGCCUUCCACCGAACGCUCGGACUUCGGACGCGGCUUACCGUCGUUGGACGCGAAGAAGCAACUCAAAUCUGCGCGGGUUGCGGACGGGCUCCGAGCAGAACUCGGACGGAAUAUGGACCGAGUUCCGGCAAACUCCGGACGGAUCCUGGCGGACUCCGAGCCGGAUUCGGACACGGACUUGGACAGAGAGGUCGCCGAGGGCUUCAGACGGCGUCCGAACACGCGGCGAACUCCUGAGUUUGUGUCUGGCAGAAACACCUCGGACAGCCAGGAGUCGUCACUUGGCGGACCCUCGCCGGAAACCCUCCCACCAUACAGCCGUCGGAACACAAGCCCGUUGGUCCGAUCGCGAUCCAGCCCGCAUCGGGCCCGAAGUGCGGUAAACAUUUACCCCAUUAGUCUCGAGCAAUGCCCCACGAGUCGAUGGGCCAUCGAUUCCGAGACGGACUCCGCUUUCGACGAGAAUCUGGCCCGGAUCGCGUCGCUCGUCCGGAGGAGUCGACCGGCCACUUCGCUAGGGUUGGCGCCUAAGGCCCAAAGUGCCCGGGGAAGCCCUCACCCGGGCAUGCACAGCAGCGAGAUUUGGGGCAGCUUGAACGAGCGCGCGCGGAAAGUCGCGGCGGAAAGCGCGGAGGAGCUGCAGAAGAGGCGGCGCCGGAGGUCGAGUCCCGAGAAGCACUCGGAAGGAUUCGCACCCAAGGUUCGAGCGUCGUCCGCGCCUCUGUGGAACCCCCGCGUCACGCGACAUCGGCCUGACGCGGCCCCGGCGAAUGGCGACGCGCCAGGUGGCAGGCAGUCGAGCCUGUGGGCGUUCCACCCGCCCGCGGACCAGGCGCUGAGGAACGCGCGCAGCGCGGCCGCGGCGCGGCUGCGACAGGACAUCGAGUUAUAUAGGGAGAACAGCUUCCAGCGGGAGAUGCUGCAGCAGCGAGUUGAUAGUCACAGGGAAGAAGCGCUACAGCAGCGGCGACAGCUGGUGGAGGCGACGGGCGAUUUGCUAGAGCGGAACAAGUCGAACCUGGAGCAACACCGGGCGGAAGAGCGGAACCGGCGGAUCCUGGAACGCGCGCAAGCGCACCAGGAGCGAUGGACCGCGAUCGUGGAGCGCCACGUGGACAAUCAACGGCGGGAGGAGGACGCACGUGACGAGUUGAUACUGCUGCUGUCGAAAGAGGAAGAGGAGGACCGGAAGGCCGAAGCGAAGGAGCGCCUUCGACUUUUCAAGAUAGAAAGGCGCCGCUGGUGGACGACGCUGGUCGCGCUCGGCGGCCGGCUGCAGUUGCUGGCCGAGACGGUGAAGGCGCAGCGCGAGAUCCGGUUGCGCGAGCAGCGGCGCCUCGCGGCCGCGCUGUACAUCCAGGACUGGUUCCGGCGGGUGCGCAAGGUGCUCAUCUGGAAGCGGCAGAACGCAGCGGCGCGGAAGAUCCAACGGUUCACCCGGGACGUCGUCUUCGCCCAGAAGGAUCGGCGGCGUAAGCGGUACGCAGGCCUGAUUGCCAUGUUUUUGGGCGACCUCCAAAGGUCCCAGGCGCUCAUGCUUGCGUUCCGGACGUUCCGGCAAAGGGUGAUGACGAUCCAACGCGUCGUGGUGCUGCGCACUUUGCGCAUCCGGGCGCAGGUCUCCCUGGUGCUGCGCCAGUGGGAGGUCGCCGAGGAGAACUGGAUCAAGACUCACGAGCUCGCUGAGCUUCAGGCGACCACGAAAACGCCCGCGCGCAGCCGCCGCGUUACGCGCGCGUCUGGCGCGGCCGCGGUCGCGGCCGCGGACGGCCCGCGCUCGGCCGCGUCCUCGGACCCAGACACCCGGCGGUCGAACACGGGGGAUGGCGCGCGCGCGAGCGUGGUUCCGCCGGAACCGGACGGCAAGCGGAAGUCGGUUCAAAUCGCGGACGGCCGACGCUCGACCAUAAGCGGGAAUAUGCCGAGCGCGGACGUCCGGCGGGCGAGUGCGGCCCCGGUUUCAAAACUGCCGUCGAGCCGCACCUCUAUUGCGGACAAGACUUUGGGAAGGAUCCCCGUCAAGGGCAAACCCGCCAAGGUCGACCCCGGGGAAAGGCACCGGGCGCUCUUCGACCUUCGGGACGGCGUUCUGGGCCCUGAGUACGUUUCGUCCGGCGUCCACGUUCCCCCGCACAUACAGGAACAGGUCACCAAAGAUUUCUGUAUGCGGAAGCGGCGCGCCCACGUGAAAGUCCUGGAGGCGUACAAACUAGAGCGGGCGGAGCAGCAGCGCGCGGCGCGCGACGGGGAGAUGAUGGCGCGCGCGAAGCUAGUGAUGCAGGGGAAGGGGACCGCGCGGAAGGGAGCGGAGAGCGCGCCCGUGGAGGCGAAGCGACCGGCGUUCCCUCCCCGUUUGCGCGUCCUCGCCACGCGCCAAGAGCUGCACGAGAUGAUGGUCGAAGGCCUAGCCAAGGCAGCGAUCGAGGGCCUCGCAGCAAAUCUGCCCGGGGACUCCCUUCCGGUCUCCGAGUCCGGAACGCCACUGGUAGGAAGCACCCCGGCAGGAUCGAAAAGGUCGUCGGGCGGUUCGCGGCGCGGCACGCGAGAAGCGCAGGUCGCGGCCCCGGUACGAACCGCCCCCGGCGGUUCGCGGCGGGGCACCCGGGAGGUAACUAUGAUGGCGGCGAUUCACGAGGCUGCGGACGGAGACUCGGCCCGGGCUGUGCCCAUGGUGCUGAAUCUGGCGGGAGCCGCCCUGGAGUCGGGCGGUACGACUCGAACUAGAAGGGCGGGAAGGCAGGGCACGAACUCGAAGAAGGUGGUGACGUGGGGUACGGAGGCGAGCGGCGCGUCCCACUCCACGGUGCCAGAGGAGGAGGCGCCUUCUUGAAAUGAUGCCUGAGCGGUUUAGUGGAUGAGGAGGACGUAUGAUAGGUAUAACAAAGUCAAGCAGACCGCGAGGAGUCAGAGCAAGCGGCAAAUGCCGCUGUCCAACGUGCUUGCCAGCUGGCCGGUUUCGUUCAUAGGUGAUCGGAUUGGAACGCUAAUUUUAGAUCUUGCAUUGAAUUUAGCUUGCACGAAGGUAGAUCAGUCACGACAUUUCGUUUGAAAGACGCCAAGGUGCAGGUUCAAUUGCAAGGGCAGAGCGGCAUCCCACCCUCAGGUGUUUGAU